CACAAGCAGGCAUCCUGUCAGCUUAGCUUAGCUUGCUAGCUGCCAACAGAGAGACGGAUGUUAUCAACACAUCGCUAAGCAGAGCCUUUGGUUACCGUAGCAGCUCUAUUUUGUGACGUGCUGUACAAGGAAGUGACGUAGGUUAACGGCGCUAAAAAGAUCGCCAUUUUGGACUAUUGAUGGAGGAAAGCUUGCAGCGAAAUACUCUUUCCUCGUGUGUUGUCGCUAUACAUGUUUUUGGGGUAGGUUAUUCUUUACUGUUGUGACCUCAGUGAACCUUGAAGCCUCUCCAGGUAGCUAGCUUGUCAGAUGCUAACAGACACCGGAAGUGGUAAACAGAUCGAGAUCGAGUGCAAACUGUUGUGAUUGUGCGGAAAUGUGCGAAAGAAGGAUAGCAGAGUACGAGGAGGAACUUUGUGGAACAAAAGAGGAGAACGAUCAUCAACUACUGGACGCUGUUUCCAAGAAGCAUCAAGUUGUGUUACACGGAGAAGAUGUCAGCAAGGAACAUCUUCACCCUGAGCAGCAGGAGUGGAGCUCCAGGAUGGAGGAGGAGGAGCCACACCCCCCUUACAUUAAAGAGGAAGAGGUGGAGCCGCAGUCUCCCCACAUUAAAAAGGAAGAGGAGGAGCCACAGCCCCUCCACAUUAAAAAGGAAGAGGAGGAGCCACAACACCUCCAUGUUAAAGAGGAAGAGGAAGACUACAGCAUCAGCCAGGAGGGAGAGCAUCUUGAAGGACCGGAGGAGUUCCCAGUGAUUGGCGUCCCUGUGAAGAGUGAAGAUGAUGAAGACGAUGAAGGUGAAAGCGAGGAGAAGAGAGAGGCGGAGCCUCCAAGCAGCAGCUCAACUCAACACAUGACAACAGAAGCCGAUGGAGACCACUGUGGAGGAUCACCAGCAGACAAGCUCUUAGCUCCACUAUCAGAUAGUGAGCACACAACGUCACACUCUCCUGACACUGAUGAUGAUGAUGAUGAUGAAGACUCUACAGCUGAUAUGACAUGUCACCCUGACAAAACCUUCAAACACCGUAGUCGUCUGAAAACACACAUGAGAAAACACACAGGAGAGAAACCAUAUUCUUGUUCAGUGUGUGGUAAAGGUUUUGCACAAAAAUCUGAUUUGAAAACACACGUGAGAAAACACACAGGAGAGAAACCAUUCCUGUGCUCAGUUUGUGGUAAAGGAUUCUAUUGGAAGGAAAAUUUGACUCGACACACUAGAGAGCACACUGGAGAGAAACCUUUGUGCUGCUCAGUGUGUGGUAAAAGCUUUGCAAAAAAAGCAAAGUUGAAAACACACAUGAGAACACACACUGGAGAGAAACCAUAUUCUUGUUCAGUGUGUGGUAAAGGUUUUGCACAAAAAUCUGAUUUGAAAACACACACGAGAACACACACUGGAGAGAAACCAUAUUCAUGUUCAGUGUGCGGUAAAGGUUUUUCCCGAAAAUCUCAUUUGUCUCUCCACCUGAGAAGACACACUGGAGAGAAACCAUAUUCCUGUUCAGUGUGUGAUAUAAGCUUUGCAGAAAAAUAUUAUUUGAAAAUACACACUAGAACACACACCGGAGAAAAACCAUUCUGCUGUUCAGUAUGUGGUGUAGGUUUUGCACGAAAACCUAAUUUGGCAAUACACAUGAGAAGGCACACUGGAGAGAAACCAUAUUCCUGUUCAGUAUGUGGUAAAUGUUUUGCAGAAAAAUAUUAUUUGCGAAAACACCUGACAAGACACACUGCAGCAAAAACGUACUCCUGCUCAGCGUGUGGUAAAGGUUUUGCGUGGAAAGGUGAUUUGAAAAAACACAUGACGUCACACAGUAGAGUAAAACCACAUUCUUGUUCAGUGUGUGGUAAAGGUUUUGCCAAUAAACAUGAUUUGACCACGCACGUGAGAACACACACUGGAGAGAAACCAUAUUCAUGUUCAGUGUGUGGUAAAGGUAUUGCAGAUAAACGUGACUUCAAAACACACAUGCGAACGCACACUGGAGAGAAACCAUAUUCCUGUUCUGUGUGUGCUAAAGGUUUUGCACAAAAAGGUAAUUUGAAAAGACACACAAGGAGACACACUGGAGAGAAAGUGUUUCGGUGCAACGUGUGUGCUGAAAGAUUCUCUUAUAAGUACCAGCUUAGCAAUCACACGUGUGCAGGGGAGAACAGCGGCAGGAAGUGAAGCUGCACCGCUUCCUGCUGGGGAGAACAGCAGCAGGAAGUGAAGCUGCUGGACUUCAACUGUUACGACUCAGCCUGUGUGUUUUUCCCCACACUUUCCAAGGCCCUUGAAGGCACCACAUGUCAUGACUUGCUCAGCCGGGUUCAAUGAUUCAAUCACUAAGCCAACCUGGGGUGAAGGACCCGCCACAGGGAGGCCGGCACCACCAGCUCCGGGCUCUCCUCACCUCACUGCCCCUUCUGCCCCUUCUGCCCCUCUCUCGAUAAGGGAA